AUGGAAAAGGUCGAUGUUGUCAUCUCGCAAAAAGAAGUCACCCAAGAGGGUUAUGUUUCUGAUUUGAAAAAAAACUUCUCCAGAUUGUCCUUGUUGGGUGUGAGCUUUGGUCUAGCAAACUCAUGGUUUGGUGUUUCUGCUUCAUUGUCCAUUGGCAUUGCCUCUGGAGGUCCUCUAUUGAUUGUGUAUGGAUUGAUAAUUGUUUUUUUCUUCAGUCUCUGUGUUGCUGCCACAUUGAGUGAAUUGAUCUCUGCCUAUCCAAACUCUGGUGGCCAAUACUACUGGACAUUUAAACUAGCCCCAGCCAAAUACAAAAGGUUUCUUUCGUUUGCUUGUGGAACAGUGGGCUGGAUUGGCUCGAUCUUUACAAGUGCUUCUAUCACACUAACUGUCUCAACAGCAAUUGUUGCAACGUACAGUUUAAACAACCCGAAUUACGAAAUAGAAACCUGGCACAUUUUUCUAACUUUUGAAUUGUUCAAUGUGUUUGUUACAUUGUUUAAUUUAUGGAGCAAGCCGCUACCAACCUUCACCACAAUUGCACUAUGUGGAUCGUUGACAGCCUUUACUGUAUCUUUGAUAACAUGUCUUUCGUGUUCCUCUGGCAGUUUUGAAUCUGCUUCUUUUGUGUUCAAAGACUUCACCAACGGCACAGGCUGGUCGACUGCAGGUAUAGCUUUCAUUGUUGGUCUAGUUAACCCUACAUGGUGUUUUGCCGGAAUUGAUGCUUCCACUCAUUUGAGUGAGGAGGUGCAUCAGCCAGAAAGAAAAAUCCCCUUUACUCUUAUGACUACUGUUUGCCUAGGAUUUUCAACAGCAUUUGUUUACUGCGUGAGCAUGUUUUUUUGCAUCACUGAUAGAGAAUCAGUGGUCAACUCAGCAUUGCCUAUUCUUGAAAUCUUUUAUCAAGCCACUGGGAGCAAAGCCGGUGCUAUUGUGUUGGAGUCAUUGCUAAUCUUCAAUGGUUUGUUUUGCAACAUUUCGAGCAACACAUGGCAAAGUCGAUUGUGCUGGUCUUUUUCUCGUGACAGAGGUAUUCCAGGCUCAAGAUGGUGGUCUCGAGUCCAUCCCAAUUUGAAAUCUCCAAUCAAUGCUCACAUCAUGUCUAACUGCUGGGUUGCUGUUAUUGGCUGUAUUUAUAUGGGCUCCACAACUGCCUAUAAUGCCAUUAUAACCGCUUGCAUUUUGCUUCUUUACAUAUCCUAUUCAAUUCCCACUGUCUGUUUAUUAAUUUAUGGAAGAAACAACAUUCCUCGUGGCCCAUUUUUUCUUGGUAAGCUUGGGCUAGUGUGCAACGUAUUGACACUUAUCUGGACCUUGUUCUGUUUUAUUUUCUAUGCAUUUCCUUCCACAAUGCCCGUAGAAGCUUCAUCCAUGAACUACGUUGCUUGUGUAUAUGUUGGUGUUUUCAUUUACAUCGUCACAUAUUGGUUUCUUAGAGGAAAGAGAACUUUUGUUUUUCCAGAAGAAAGGGAAACCAGAAUUUACAUAACACAGUCACCCAAAGAACAGUUUGUUUGA